GGGCCGGCGGCAGGGGCCGCACGGCGCGGCGAUCUUCUCCUCGCUUCUGAGCCGCCCGCGGCCCAGUCACCAUGUCGCUGGCGGCCUCGGCUGGCCGGGGCCUGGGGGCCGUGUGGUCCCCAACGCACGUGCAGGUGACGGUGCUGCAGGCGCGGGGCCUGCGGGCCAAGGGCCCCGGGGGCACGAGCGAUGCGUACGCGGUGAUCCAGGUGGGCAAGGAGAAGUACGCCACCUCGGUGUCGGAGCGCAGCCUGGGCGCGCCAGUGUGGCGGGAGGAGGCCACCUUCGAGCUGCCGCCGCUGCUGUCUGCCGGGGCCGCGCCCGCGGCCGCCGCCACCCUGCAGCUCACCGUGCUGCACCGUGCGCUGCUCGGCCUCGACAAGUUCCUGGGCCGGGCCGAGGUGGACCUGCGGGAGCUGCACCGGGACCAGGGCCGCAGGAAGACCCAGUGGUAUACCUUGAAAUCCAAACCAGGAAAGAAGGAUAAAGAGCGAGGCGAAAUUGAGGUCGACAUCCAGUUUAUGAGGAACAACAUGACCGCCAGCAUGUUUGACCUUUCCAUGAAAGACAAGUCUCGGAAUCCAUUUGGGAAACUGAAGGACAAGAUCAAGGGGAAGCAUAAAGAUAGCGCGUCCGAUACCGCGUCAGCCAUCAUUCCCAGCGUCACACCCUCUGGCGACAGUGAUGAUGAGUCUACUUCAAAAGACAAGAAAAAGAAGUCGAAGAUCAAGACCUUGUUUUCCAAGUCAAAUUUGCAGAAAACACCACUUUCCCAGUCCAUGUCUGUCUUGCCUACUUCAAAGUCAGACAAAGUGAUGCUUCAUCCUGGAGGCUUUCAGUCCCGGUGGGAGGAUGAGGAAAAUGAGGAUGAGUCCUCCUCUGCCUCGGAUGUCCUGUCUCCCAAGAGAACAGAGGGUGCACACCCUAAGCAACUGAACCAGAUCAAUUUCAACCUUCCCAAGAAGGAAGGACUCCCCUUUCUUGGUGGCCUCCGGUCUAAGAAUGACUUCCUUUCUCGCUCUAAUGUCUGUAUCAACGGGAACCAUGUUUACAUGGAGCAGCCAGAAGCCAAGAGCGAGACCAAGGACAGCACCCCUACCUCUUCCCCGUCCCCCCAGGGCUUCAGGAAGAAGCAUUUGUUCUCCUCCACCGAAAACCUGGCCACUCGGUCCUGGAAGGAGCCCGGGGAAAGUGGGCCAGUGUCUUCUGACAAACGGUCCUCUGAGUCUUCCACAAAAGACUCUCUGAAAUCUAUGUCUCUGCCAUCCUACCGGCCACAGGUCAGUGGGGAUAUUCAGGAGAACACGGCUCCAGUGAACUUGGAGGCAGCAAAAGAAACCAAGGAGAGCAAGAAGCAGGAGAACAAGAAGUCCUCGUUGCUGUCUCUGGUGACAGGAAAGAAGGACGUGGCUAAGGGCAGUGAUGGCGGAAGCCCCCCUGCCAUCCCAGGGAAGGAGAAGGAAGGCACGCUUAUGGAAGUCACACCCAGGGAGGACCAGUCGGGGCCUGACGAAGACCCAGCGAGACGAGCGGAGAAGGAUUCCGUGGCUGUUGCCUCCGGACGGGGCAAAUCCCUGAAUCCCUUUGAGGAGGUGCAGAUCGCAGAACCGGAAGCUGACCGAGAGCCCAAGUCUGAACCCGCACCACCUGCUUCCUCUGCAAGAGCUCCACAGACCAAAGCUGUCAAGCCUCGACUGGAAGUGUCUCCAGAGGUUCAACCCACAGCCAGGCUUCCUUCUGCCCCUGACUCUUCUCUCUUUCCUUCUGCUCUUCUUUUCAGUUCUGGCCACACACCCGUCCCUUCUAAAUCGGGGCAUGGCUCAGAGACACUGUCCUCUGAAUCUCCUUCUGGCUUCUUCUCUUUCUCAUCUCCCAUAGUGGCUCCCAUUUCCACCUCCACGCCAGUGGAAAACUGGCCUUCCACAGCCAAGGGCCAGGCUGGUCCUGAAGAACCGUCCUUGCUCCUUAAAGCGGAAUUGCAAACGGAGAGUGUAACCCAGGUUCCGAAGACUGUUUCCUGUGCCUCGGGGUCGCUUUCCCAACAGCUGCCCACUCCAGGGAGAAAAGGGACGGAAGAUUCUCCAACGAGGAAGACCGGUGAGGUGGAGCCCCGAGACGUUCUGAGGUUGUCCCCCUCAGCACAGGCCUCCGUCUCUUCAUCUCAAGAGACCCAAGAAGUGACAUUCGCCCUUUCAGCCGCAGGUGGCAGGACCGAAAGCCCCACUGGGAAGCCUCCGAUGAGGGAAGACGCAGAUGUAGCAAGUCCGUCUGGGUCUUGUGGGGAGAACAGAGUCGAGGACAGCAGAACGUCCCCUCUUCAGGUGGGAGAAUCGGUCCCCACUCUUGGCUCCGCAGCUCAGACACAUGAGGGCCGAAAGAAAGUCAAGAAGCGGGUGUCAUUUUCUGAGCAGCUCUUGACAGAAGAGGACUUAGAGAAGUCCCCUGGGUCACUGGGAGGGGAUGAAGGGAGCCCCCAGGAGCCGCCACGGGAAGGAGCCACUGCCGGGGCCAGGUCAGACGAGGGGUCAGAUGGGGAACCUGCUGGGCCUGUCCACACAGAGGGUGCCCAAAGGGGAGCGGCCAGUCGGGGCAAGCCAGUCUCCACGGCAGACUCGCCUCCCCGCCCCUGCGGGGAGACUUUCUCAGAAGGCCCCACGGGUGAAGCAGGCUCGGGGGAAGGCACCCCCCUCUGUGGGAUCGAGGGGGACCAUAUGCUCAUGGCUGAGAAUCAGAGCAAAGCCAGUGACCAUGAAGGUUUGUUGUCCGAGCCCCUGGGCAGCCUUCACCCUCCCCCAGGUGUUAGCUCUCCAGUCCUGGCUGACCUGGGCUUAAGCCUUCCCUCCAUUCCCGAAGUGGCAUCGGAUGACGAAAGAGUGGAUCAGAUUGAAGAUGACGGAGAUGGAGAGACUGCACAGGCGGCAGCCCCGGCAGCCGGGCCUUCUCCCUUGAGCACAUCACCUGCUCCUCCUGAGUUGGAAAGGAGGCAGAGGGGCGAGGCGGAUGGGUGGGGGGCGCCCGCAGAGAGCCCGCAUGACCCCAGGGCCAAGGCGCCCAAGGCGCCUGCUACCGCCGCUUCUUGGGAGCCAACCACAGCUUUGGGGAUUCGUAAACUGGAUCUUGGCAAGAGCUCACGCUCGGAUAGACAGCAGCCUGGUCCUGGCGGUGGUGAGAAGGAAGAGCUGCUGGGAAAUGGGAGGCCGAGCCAGCCUCCUGAAACGGCCCCGGAUCCUCCUGGAUCCAGCCCCCCCUUUUCUGAGACCUUUCCUGCUACGCACUCUCUCCCUAGCUACCCACAUGCUGACACUCACUACACCAGUACAGCAGAAUCUCAAAAAAAAGCAACAGCAGAGGGCUCCGCUGGUAAAGUGGAAAAUUCUGGCAAGAGGAAGCCGCUUCUUCAGGCCUGGGUGUCACCCUCAGAGACACAUCCAGUCUCCGCUCAGCCGAGCGCAGGAACGGGGUCAGCCAAGCACAGACUUCAUCCCGUGAAGCCAAUGAACGCAGCAGCCCCCAAGAUUGCUAAUUCCAGCUUGGGCACUGCCACCAUCAUCAGUGAGAACUUGAUCAACGAAGCCAUGAUGAAGAAAUACAAGCCGUCGGACCCGGCCUUUGCUUACGCACAGCUAACCCAUGAUGAGCUGAUCCAGCUGGUCCUCAAACAGAAGGAGACGAUAAGCAAGAAGGAGUUUCAGGUCCGCGAGCUGGAAGACUACAUUGACAACCUGCUGGUCAGGGUCAUGGAAGAAACCCCUAACAUCCUCCGAAUCCCGGCACAGGUGGGCAAGAAGGCGGGAAAGAUGUGAAUCAGCCGACGGCACCGAGACUUCUUUGGGAGUGUGUUUCCACCCGCUCCCGAGGUCAAGGACUCGGAUGCCUGAUAACCGGCCCUCAGGCUCGAAAUCACCAUCUGUCUCCCUCGCGUGUUAUCUGGCAAGAGUCCGUUCUACCAGUUGAAACCAGGUUAAUGAUUACAAUGGAUCUUUUACUGUACAUUCCCAGGGCUUUAAUUUUAAAUGCCACCGUGCCUUUGACUAUACUGUAAAUAUUUUACACUCUGAUUGGAGACAUGGUCGUAAGAUCUCCUGGCCCAGAGAUUCACGUGGCACAGGGUAUAUUCAUGUAUUUAACAUUGGGACGGUUUUCUUUCUUCGAUACUGAAAUCUGAAAAUACAUACCCCCCCCCCCCCCCCCGAGUCGGUAAAGUGUGGGGUGAAAGAAGAAGGACCCUGUGGUUGGUGUUGUGUUACACACACUUGCUUGGCUUUUGAGUAGCUCAGGGUGGCUUUUUGGCACUAGAUUUUGGUAUCUUCCAGGCUGCUUCGACUGGGUCUUGUUGAUUUGACUGGAGCAGGGGAGUUUAGUGCCUUGUAGAUUUUGGACAAGCUGCUUUUUCUAAACAUCAGCUACCACUACUCUCUCGCCUUAAAAUGUCCUCCUUAUCAAUCCGUAGGGCCUAUCCGUAGAGACAUGAGAAGCAGAAUAGGGAAUUAGAGAGUCACUUUGCACUCGCCUAAUGGGGUUGGUCAAAGUCUCAUGAUAGCCGGGUUCCUGCCGGCUGCAGUGGCCUAGUCAGUGCCUUGAUAAGGGCUCGAAUGACCCAUGCACUUGCUAAAGUGGUUCCGCCACAUACGGAAUGAUUUUAGUGGGGUUCAUUUGGCCUCUGCUUUUUCCACUGAUCUCCUUGGCGACACUUCCUGGCAUAUUUCCCCCGCCUUAUUAUACAAUUAUGAAGAGCAAGAAGGUAACACUUAGUUUGGGUUUGCUGUAUUUUUAAAUCUAGGAGAAUACCCAUAUAUUUUUUAAACUGGGACAUGUCUUCACUAAUAGCACCCAGUUCCAGUCCUUCAGGUAGUUUCAUUGGUUCGGAACCAAAUACUGGAAUUAGAAUAUUUCUGUGUUGGUCGGUUUUCUCUAGUGGUUGUGACAAGAUCUUAGCAAAUCUUGACCUCUCUCCUGGGGGAAGAAUGCCGCCGGCUAGCGCGGUGGGCGGGGCUGAAGGAUCGGGUCGGUAUUGCUUCUCUGUCUGUCCUUAUUCUAUGGUGGUUAAGAGGCAUCGUGAUUUUGGCAGCAGAACCUGUUUUCAGGAUCGUGUUUGCUGCAACGUCAGUUAUAUCGGAGCACUUUAAUCUGAAGGAUGAUACUGUAACGUGAUUUCUCAAAUUAGCUUUUAAUGAUCGUUAGCUAUUUUAUUUAAUACUCUCUCACAAUCGUGGGGACCACUGUAAGCCUCUCAGAUGCCUUGUAUUUUUGUAGUGCUAUGAAAGUUAUUUACGUACCGAUAAAAAGAACCAUAUAUUCCACUUGAACUCUGAAAAUGUAUAUAUUUGUUCUGCAAUAUAUUUUUUACUUAUAAAUGUAUUUUGACUGUGAUAACCCAAGUGUACUGGGGCAGGUGUGGCCUGAAUGAUUCCUCCUUGGAAGGGCUGGUGUGGAGACCUGUGUUGUUCACAAGAGGUCUGGAGAUCGUCUGCUGCUAGGACCUUGGGUACAUAACUAACUAGGUCAGUGUUUGAGAGGGACGUUUGGGUGGAGGGGUGAAUCCCUAUGCUCUGAAAUACCACUUGGGAAUGCUGGAGAAUGAAGGACAACUUACUUCAGGGGUGUCUGGCUUUGACCACUGCUGGGAAAAAACCUCAAUUCAUAGCAUUCCUGCACCUCUCAAAGUAGAUCUCCUGGAGGUCAUUAGUUAAUGACUGUCCUCAAGGACCCUACUUUGGGGGAGAAUUUAUCUGGGAAGAAUUUUAGUCUGCUCUGAGCCAUUAGCAGGGGUCGAUGAAUCGGAGCAUUGAUGCCGCUCUGACUGGCUCGGGUCGGGGGGCACACACCCAUGCACACAAAGAGACUUGGGACCCGCCUCUGGCUGCUGUAAACACUCACCCCAUGGAAGGAGCUGGGAGAAAGCUGUGUUCUGGAGCAGCCCUCCUCCUCCUGGCCUUGCCCGGCUGCCUCCAGAAAGAACAGUCAGGACUUCAGGGAAGCAUCCGACCAAAUACCAAACACCUUGCAGUGAACUUCAGUUAGAGGUCAGACUCCUGAAAAAAUGUCAGUCCUUUGCCCGACUACUUGCUCUCAUCUCACUGCUCGGACCUUGACAGGUUUCGUGGCCUCUGUUUUACUCUCCUGUGUGUUAACCACCUCAGGGUAGGAGAAUGGAGGGGCAAGAAAGUCCACCCUUUGCCGCUCCUGAGGGGGAGGUGUGUGCACGGAUGGGGUGUACGUGUGCGGUUUCCGGCUUUGCUAACAGCGGGCGCUCAAAAGGGCAGAGAGGAGGGGAGAUCCACAACACUCAGCCCCUUGCUGUGUUGAAGGCCAGAGGCAACCUAACAUUAAAUUAGGCAGGACCUUCCCUCCCUGGGUCCUUUUCCCCGCUUGACCUUUUUAUUUUCUUUCUGAGAACUACUAAUUAAUGAUCCCUCAAGGCUGAAAGAUUAACUGCCUUAGGUGGAGAACUUAACCUCCUGCUUUCUCAGGAUCUACUAUGUGAGCUACUAAUUUUGACCUCUUCCUCCCCCUGAUUGAAGGAUGGCGCCGCAUUUUUGGAUUAUAAACCUGUUUCCUGCCAUUACUUCAGGAGUUUUUAAUUUCUCUGGUUUUGUUUUUAAGAAGUAACCUAAAAUUUCUACAACACUAAAUAAAAUGUACUACCUUCCAAA